AUGAAUUUGUUUCAGCAUAAACAUCAAAAGUUGAUAUUACAAUGUUAUCCUGCUGGGAAAGCGGUUGAUAAAAAACCCAACUCGUCUGAGCUAAGUUAUUUGUUGUACUAUGCAUCUACUCGUAGAGUCAAGUUGGAAAAGGUGAUUAAUUUUUUGAAAGACAAAACUCAUCAUGAUGUUGGUAGAAGUCGUACAGGUAAUUUACAAGUCACAUUAGCCAUUAUUCAGGAGUUAAUCAAAAAAUGUAGCGAAAACUUGAAUGUAUUCGCCAUUCAAGUGUGCUUUAUCUUACAACUGAUUGCAAAUACCAAGGAUCUUGCCUUGUGCAAAAAUGUUGUGAAAGCAUUUGGUGUCUUGUGUGAGAACUUGGAUGGUGGCUUGUUUACAGGUGACAAGGAGUUUGUGAAGAUAUUUACUGAAGUUUUCCAAACCUUGGUUUCCUUUGGUAAAGACAGAUCGGGUGUUACUCAAUAUGAUUGGCAGAUGAUUUCUUUAAUGGCUGUAAAUGAUAUAUCUAGUUGUUUGAGUUAUAAUGCAGCUGUUGGGAAAAAGUUUAUCGCUUUGUCCAUCCCCAUUUUACUUCAGUUCAUUAUUGCAAAUAACCCACAAAGCAGCAUCUUGCAAAGAUUGAAAUCAAAUCUUCACGUUGAAGAUGAUGGGAAAAGGUUAUCACGUGUGCAUCUGCAAAAAUCACAUAGCAAAAUUGCCCAGCAAAUCGAUGACGAUUUCACCAAUGAUUCACUAACCUUGACAGAUAUCACUGAAAAGGCCUUUGCAUCGAUGAAAUCUUUUUUCAAUACCAACGCUGCCGGUCAAAUUUCAGAAGUGACAAGAGCUGUUGUCCAACAUAAUAUAGUCAAUGGAACUGAUUUAGAAUGGGGAGUUUCAUUUUUGGAAUUAUGCAUUACUUGGAUUCCAGUUCAAUUACGUUUUGUCAGUUUGUCUACAUUAUUGGCCACUUUAGGAAGAAUUAAUAUUGAAGGCAAUACCAAAUCCAAUUAUAACAUGGAAUUCCAAUAUGCUCGUUAUUUGUUAGGAUUACUUUCUUCUCGUGUUAACAUGAUUGGUUUGUCUGUUUCGGAUAUUAUUCAACAAUUGUUGUCGUUGCAAGCUGAUUUGAUUUUAAAAGCAAGUGAUUUGGACAAAAGCGACAUUUCUAUUUUAACAGACAUAUAUUCUGACUGUAUAUGUAGUUUGACUACACACAUAUACUACUACGAUCAAGUCCCAGAUUCAAUUCAGGAAAUAUUGAUCAAAGUUGAUUAUAUUUUGGAAAGCAGUUUUGUGGAUGAUAAUAGUUCUACAUCCACUGGAGAGCAAAUCCAAGAUUUGAUUAUCCAGUUGUUGGAUAACAUUUCUAAGAUAUUCUUGAUUUUGAAAAAUAAAUCAAGUUCGAUCAAUCGUAACCAUGUGAACUUGGAACAUUGGGAUAUUAGUUUAGGAUUGUUAGCACCACAAGGUGAAUAUGAAGAUAACAGAAAAAUGAUUAUCUCUACACCACAGCUUAUCAACAUUCAAGCCAAGUACUUGAAAGUGUUUGAUGAGUUUUUGAAUAACGAAUUGGCUGUUGGCAAUUCUAAAAAGAGUUACGAUCUUCUCAACAAACAAUCUCGAUUGGAUCCUGGAAGUACAGGAGUUGAAGGUUUGAAUAAAUCCGAUGAUCUGGAUAAUGGGAAAGACUUUAAAAAGCCUGAUGCUAAUCAAUACAUCACCAAUCAACAGAAUUUCAUAUCCCAUUUCCUUAUGUAUAUUGAUAAAUUUUUUGAAAAUUACGAUUCCCCAAACACGCAAUCAGUGUUACUUUUGGUUACUGUUUUAAAAGAUAUGAUGAAUAUUUUAGGAUUGAAUUUUUUGAGUAAUUUCAUUCCAUUUUUCCACCACUGGGUUAUGAAAGUAAACAGAACAAGCACAUUUACGCAAAGACAGAAAUUUAAAGAUACUUUUGCUCAUAUUAUUUUAUACUACAUGUUGAAGGACUUGGAUGAGCAAUACAGUCAUGAUUUACAAAAUUAUUGUAAAAAUUCAAAAUUAUUUAAACAAAUAUUGGACGCUGUUGAAUAUAGAAAAAUUCAAAAGUUUUGGGUCCAUGGCAUCGACUCUUCACCAUCUGAUUUAGAGACCGUUAAAAGCAACCGGAUGAUACCCACAGAUUCAAAUGGCAAUUAUAUUCCCAUCAGAAUCAAACCUGAGAAUAUUGAGGAAUUUGCUUGUGGUAACAACUUUUUGAUUGUAUGGUUACAUCCUCAGAAACAAUUACUUACUGAAAUUGAAAAAUCACAAGUCAGUACACAUAUGAGUACAUUUAAUAAUGAUUCUAGAAACACAAACAUGACAGUGAUAAUGGAUCAAGGGUCGCUUGCAGUAAGUGGAGGUCCAGAACAUGGAGGCCAGUUUAUUCCACCACCUGAGUUUGUUAACCACACAGGAUUAUCUUCUGAAUCUGCGUCAUCAAACUCAGAGAAAGGUUUGUAUACUGGUUUAGGAUUGGGUACUGCUGGAGAUAUUACCAUGAUUCAUUCUGAAAUAUUGCAAUACAGUCAACAUUUCCAAGAAAGAGGUUUACCUCAUGGUAAUGGGUUUGCUACUAUUUUGAGAACUGUCGAUAGUGUUAACAGUACUAAUGAAGGCUCAAUCUAUACUUAUGAUAGUAAAUAUUUACAGUCACCAAGAGUAAGCGAUUUGAAAGAUGCCAUGUCAACCCACAGGGGUAUAAGAUUAUCCAAACCAAAUUUUGGUGGUGCCAAUGGAACCGCGAAUAUUACGGAUUCUGCUUCAACAACCAAUGGGUCUGUGUUGAAUAAAAACAUGCAAACUACAGAUGUUGAUUCAAUUUUAAGUGGCCUUGAAAGUGAAGACGAGGCAGCCUUUGUUGUUUAA